AUGAAAUUUCUUCUGCUCGCUGUUGGAUUGGCCCUCAUUGGUGCCAUCCAGGCCAUUGAAAACAUCUCCUCCAAGAAAGAUUUAGUGGUUGAAAAGAUUGUAGGGCGAUGGUAUCUCAGACAAGAAGUAAAGGCCAUGGACUUCCCAAUUCCCUUGUUGGACAUGGACAUUAAGGAAGUGAACCUUACUCCUGAAGGCAAUCUGGAACUGGAUGUGUUAGAAAAGACUGACAAGUGUGUUGAGAAGAAGUUUCUUGCAAAGAAAACUGCAAAAUCCGCUGAAUUUGAGAUCAACAUUCCCUCAGUGUCUUCCUUGUAUACAUUCUCUGUGAUGGAAACUGAUUAUGACAACUACAUCCUCUUUUGCUUGAGGAACAUUGAUUCCCGGGAGAAAAUGGCAUGUGCCCACUAUGUCAGAAGAAUAGAGGAGGACAACAAAGGCAUGGAAGAAUUCAAGAAAAUUCUCAGGACUUUGACCAUGCCCUAUACAGUGCUUGAAGUCCGUACAAAAGCCUUCUACAUUUAUGAGAUUUCAGCAUGUGGAGAUCCCUAUGAUGAUGUGGUAAAGACUUUCCCCUAUUUCUUGGGAUCUAAAGGGGCCAAGUUUGUAAUACAAUUCUCCAUGUCCUCAUUGCCUGUCUGGAGGACUUAA